GUUGAGUUCUCCCAUUUUUAUCCCCUCUUAUCUCUUUUCCAGUUUCACAAAAAAACAUUUCAUCGCAAAUAUUCCAAUUGCAUCCAUCAUCGAGUACACUACAACUUGGGGGAGUCCAUAUUAUUGUCACUUAUCCUUAAUCUAGUGCAUCGAUCAAUAUGGGCCGUUGGGGAAUGCGUAAGUUCUCUUGAGCAAAUAUCUCAAGAUGAUUGAGCGGCCGUUGACUCUUUUUUUGUAUAGGCCUUUUUGAGGGGGAUGCGGACCUUGAUAUCGCAAUCGCGAUCAACGAAACCUUCGACCUGAAUUUAGACUUAUCCAAGAUGGUUCACCAAACGGAUAUGUUGUGUCCCGCAUUAAUGCGCCUCUACUACCUGACUCCCGAGUACGCUGAGAUGCUUUCGGAACUCGUAACCGAUAUGCGCGCCAAACUCGAUACCGAUGACUUAGGGCAUAGGGUGUUCGCAUAUUGGCGUUCAAAGGAGACUGAAGUAGGUGGCGAAUACCGCGUUAUCAUAGUAGGCGCGUUACUAAUGCGCGCUGGUGCUAAAAUGGAAGAGUAAGUCCCCCCGAUACCAGUUGACCCAAUUAGAUACCCGUAUCUUCCCACAUUCAAGCAGCAAUCAUCAUGUAAAAAUCCAGGUCCUAUUCGUGAAAUGGUAAUAUAAACGAUUGCUAAUAGAAGAUUCAUAAGAUCGGAGAUGCAUCAUCUUCGUGAACUUGUCCCGCGCAUCAAUUGCAACUCGGGCUUCACACUCCCAACGCAUGAUCAGGGUUUCCGCACCCCAGGGAGAGCACAAUUCCUUGCUGCUCUUGAUCACUAUCAGCCAGGUGUCCCUCGAAACUACAAUGAGCCAAGCUGCUUUCAUUGCGGAAAAGUUAAGGCUGAUCUUGGAAAGAAGCUAUCGAAUUGUAGUCAUUGUAAGGCGGCCUGGUAUUGCGAUAAGGUUAUCCUCCAUUUAUUCUCUUGUCAAGACUUGAACUAAUACUCAACGUUACCAGGAUUGCCAGAGAGCUCAGUGGAGACAACAUAAACCUAAUUGCAGAGACAUAACAAAAUCAUCGCUUUUAAACGUGUAAAUCUAAGUUUCAUAUGCAGGAGGUGGAUAUUAUGUACCGUCUUAUUUGCUGGCUAUUGCGGUUCUUAGAUGUGGGAUGGAUAGGUAUUGACGACAGCAUGUAUGCUACUCGGGCCUAAUACCCAGUAGUCGCCAUUAGCUAUCUGCUUAGUUGAUCACCACUAGAGCGUAACUGGUGUAGACUUCGGCAAUUCGGAUAGCAAUCCGAACGGGAUGGGCGGAAUCGAAUUGGCAUGAACUUGAUUCUAUGCAUGGAAGUGGAAGGACUAACUAAUACCGGUACCUCCGAGCUCGGUAUGUACAAGACGGAGCUGCUAUCUUGGUGAUGAAGUUCAUCCCGAAAUUAAUUACCGAUAUUCCCCGUGUUAUAGCGCUAUAUUGUCC